AAGAGGGUAAUGUAACAACGAUGUUCCCGUCCGAGGUGGCAUUACUUGCUGGAGCAGGAUAACCCAAACCGGAACAGAAGCAGAAGCGAAGAUGGGUGGUUCCGUUUUCACUCACUUCCUCGUUCUCCCUUCCUCUUCUUCUCUCUCUUUUCCCACUCUCUUCCCAUCCAAAUUCCCCACCAAACCCAUCAAUGAAUCCGUUCCCUUCACGCUUAUCUGCAACCAAUUCCCUUUCAAACUCACUACUUCGCGGCCUUCCCAAUUCUCAGCUCCUCCUCGUUACUCAUGCUCUGUAAAAAAGAUAAAAGCUUCCGGAAGUCAGCAAACAGGAUCCAUACGACAUGGAGACAACCUUGAUGCAACGAAGAGCAGGAGUUUGCUGGAGAAGUUUCAGAGGAAAAUGCCAAUGGAAUUCCUUAGCACCCUUUUCAACAAACAAUCUAUGUUGAGUGACUUUACAACCAAAGAUAUUGUAGAUGGGGAAAGAUCAUCCAAAUGGGUUUCAGCAUUCCUCUUUGGACAAACUAUAUCAGUGAUUUCUCCUGAUGUUUCAUAUGCAAGCAGCUCAGCAAGAAUAAAUGAGAUAUAUGAGGUUGGAGAGUUGUUUGAUUUAAGCAUCCAACUAAUAUACUUGGUAUUGCUAUUAGGUUUGCUAGGGACUGGAACUUUCUUUGUGAUUCGUCAAGUUCUUGUCCGCAGAGAACUUGACCUAUCUGCCAAAGAGUUGCAGGAGCAAGUAAGAAGUGGUGAUGCUGGUGCAACUGAGCUUUUUGAACUUGGUGCAGUGAUGCUGCGCAGGAAAUUUUACCCUGCUGCUACCAAGUUCUUGCUUCAAGCAAUUGAGAAAUGGGAUGGGGAUAAUCCGGAUCUUGCCCAGGUUUACAACGCUCUUGGUGUGAGCUAUGUCCGCGAUGGGAAAGUUGACAAAGGAAUUGCUCAGUUUGAGACAGCUGUCAAGCUUCAACCAGGCUAUGUCACAGCUUGGAACAAUCUCGGUGAUGCCUUUGAGAGUAAAAAGGACUACAAGUCUGCUCUAAAGGCAUUUGAAGAAGUCCUACUAUUUGAUCCUAACAACAAGGUUGCCCGGCCUAGGAGAGAUUCUUUGAAGGGACUUGUUGAUGCAACCAAAGGAGUUACUGUCAUCAAGUCAACAGAGAAGAAGUGAGUGUCAUUGUAUCAACUCACUAUGAAUAUGGCAUUGUUAAAUACAUAGUUUUCAAUAACUUGGUUGUGUUGGAAGGAAUUUUGGCUCUAUUGGUGUAGUUACUGCUUACUAGCUGAGGCAUACUAGUGCUGCGAAAUGUAGUUGAAAUUGAAACUUGAAAGUGCUCGAUUCUCCAAUGGGUUACCAAAGCUUUGCUCUGGUGCUGAUGGUGUAUUCACUUGUGAAAAUUCCUUUAUUUUUUUAAAUGGUCAUUUUCGUGCCUUGUUAAAGUGAUCCUUUCA